UGAAUGCUUGGGAAACGCAAAAUGGCGGCUGGCUUCAGAUCAUACGUCUGGGAUCCAUGCUUAAUAAUUUCACAAAUUGUAGCGGUUCAGUGUGUUUUCUACAUUUUCUUGGCACUCUGGAUUCUUUUAGUUGAUUUUUGGACAGGAUCUACGCGGUCGUUAGACCAAUUUUUCCGCGCCAAGGUGAGGUCAAAGAUGUCAAUCACGUUCGCUGUGGUUGGCUUUUUUCUCAUGCUCUUUACAUUUACUCGUUUUCCUAGGAACUGCGUUUUACAACGUUCAAGGGAAAGAUAACCAUGGCGGCGUUUUGUUUGAAUGCUCUGACUGGGUGAGUUUAAAAUCGAGGAUUUUUGUUAUUAAGGGUUCGUGUACAGCGCGCUGCUCUCAUGGGGUGAGGGAAUAAAUUGAAGAGCCAAAAACUGAAGUAAAAUAUAACCUUAGAAUAUGUAAUGGAAACAGGACUGAGUGGAGUCCAAUUCGGCCUUUAAUCAUACGAGUAUGAUUACAGACCGAAUUGGACGACACGAUGCUCUGUUACCAAUUAAUCAUAACUUUAACAAAAUUUGUGAUAUAAUAAGCUAUAAUUUUAAAUCAAAACACAAGAAAUUCAAAGUUAUGUUUCGCUAGCAGUGAAAAAAAAGCCAUUUAAGCGCACGCGUGUUGGCGUGGACUGUCCAAUUACUUAGGCAUGACGCGUACUGUCCUAUUAAACUGUCCAAUUAAGGCUGAAAUCAGGGCAGUUGAUAGCCAAUCAGAUUUGACAAUUUUGUUAUAGUUAUGAUUUAUUGUAUAAGCGUAUCGUAUUUCCUUUCAUAAUAGCCAGCCCCUCGAGUAAUCGCCUCCCUCGAAUAAUCACCCCCCUUUGACGUAACUAUUGAAAACUAGCAGAAGUGCGGGCGAAACCGCUCUCCUAUGUAGGUGAAUUCCUUUUACUGGGGGUCAUGAAAACUGGAUUGAAAAAGAGAAUAGAAAGAAGGAGAAUUUGUACAAUAAAAUUUAUUAAUUUAUCUUAAUUUGAAAUGAUCAUUUGCCUAUCAAAACACCGUGCGGAUAUUCAUGAGGUUGUUAAGAUUUUCUAAAAACAGCCACUCCAGGAAACAGUAAGCCGAGAGUUUGCCCCCUAGUGAAUUAGCCCCCUGCAAGUUUAACAGUGGAGCUCUCGUGCGCUAAGCGCCCGCAGCAGAGCACCAUGGGUAAGAAAAUUUGGUUAUCUAUGCGUCCAAGUAAUUUUGGUUCUGAGAAAAUCGUAUGUACGUACGUCCACCCCUUCAUGUAAGCCAGGGUGAAAUUUUGCAUUUCAAGUAUUAGUACCUGCGUGUUUUGGCAGUAAAUCGCAUAGCCACCCAGUCUUUUAGAGAUAAAGAAUAACGUGAAAAUUUUAUAGCGGCAGUGAGAACGUGAGAAAUGCUAGCAGCCACCAAGGUGAAAAUGAGUGGCAGCAAAGAAAAAGUGAACAGGAACACAUAAAACAUUUCCUCCAUGAAAUGUGUAACUAGGUAGUUUCUGGAAGUUUUACCUUAACGUUAUAGUGUCAUGCAAGACAACGGCAAAGAAAUGUACACAGACAAAGUGUGCUGCAUGUGCAGUUAUUUUUUGCUAAUUAGACCUACUGAUUUUUUUUGGCUGUUUUUGUUGCCGUCACUGCUUAGCAGUACACUAUUUUAUAUAAUGUAUAAGCCCCUCCAAAUUUAAGCCCCCCAAACUCCUAACCCAAAAAACCUUCCAUUAAAUGGUCUCUCCAAACAUAAGCCCCGCCAUGGACUUGUACUUGGAAAUUGCCCUAGAAUACAAAGUAAAACAAAGCAAAAAUGGUAAAUUUCCUUCCAACUAAAAGGCUAGCUGAAUCGAUUUUGAAACGCAAAUUUCCCUCCGUAGGUAAGCCCCUCCAAAAAUAAGCUCCUCAAAAAGGGCCUUUGAAAAAUAUAAGCCCCAGGGCUUAUUUUCGGAAUUUGAUGGUAUUUUGUUUCAUGUAAACUAUAGAUAUUGACGAGAGCUUCGCUUUUAGCCCUGUCUAAAUCUACAUUAGAAUAGCUCUAUAUCAGUUGUGUAUUUGUGGAUAACCAAACCUUACACUUACUUCUAUCAUUGCAAGCUAUCAUAUUGUUUGUUUCUUAAACCACCUUGUGGGAUAGUUUAACACAGGUUAACUUUACCAGUCAAUCAGCAAAAUGUAAGGGCUUUCCUGAGGACUUAAAAAAACUGGCCGUACCGUACUAAUGUUGAAAUGAAUCGUUAUUAUGGAGACUUACUUGUGGUAAUAUUUCUCAUAUUGGCUGGCUGGGUACAGGGAGAUAAGGCUGACUGUUUUAGGAGCCAACAAAAAUCAUAUAAGGUCACCAUGAACCGUUUAUGAGCCCUUUAUUCACCUUUGCCUGAAAAAAAAUGUAAUUUAGCUCUUAUAAACUGUUGCAUAAAGCUUUGAACAGUUUCAUAGUGAGUUGAAAGUUGUUCUUUAGCUUUAUAUUAUUCAUUUAUUUAUUGCUAAACCAGAUUUUCCUGAAUAAAUAAAUGAAUAAAAGAAGAGGAGUAGAGGAGAGUGGGAGCUACAGUAUUAGACAAUACUCACUACAAUAUUACAUUACUCAUCACAUUUGUUGAAAUACUUGUCAUCUUUUUAUUUGUUGAAAUACAGUCGACUCCGCAUAAUUCAAACCUUCAGGGGAAAAAGAAAAAAGUUCGAGUUAUCGGGAGUUUGAGUUAUCAAGGGUAAAGUUAUAUAGAAAAUUAUCUAAAGGGAAAUGAAAAUUGCUUCGAGUUAGCGGGAGGUUCGAGUUUUAGAGGGUUCGAGAUACCGGGUGUCGACUGUACUUGUCAUUUUACAGCCUUCCUAAUGUUGAUACUUGCAUUAACUAUUUGCAAAUAAAUGUAAUUCUCUACUCUGGGGAAGAAUAAAGUUAGAGUUACACACAGGGAAAAGUUAAGACUAAGUUGGUUGAGAAGACAUGACAUGAAAAAUCUCCAGCUUCAGUCUGGUGUUGCAAUGAAAUUUGAUGAGUGUUGUAGCUUUGCUAAAAGUUGAAGCCCCCAGACCUCCAAGGUGACCAACCUACACAAAUAGAUGCAGUUGCCAAAUGUGGGUUAAACAUGAAACAACUAUGUGGACCUUUAAAAUCUGGGACGUUUAGAAUUUACAUGUAUAAUACAUAUUUGACUGUAAUACAUAAUUUCUUGAUUAUUGCUGAUAUUAUUUUUGUAAUUUUUUCAUGCUUUUAGGGCAGGUGGAUUGUGGGUUAUUGUACGAAGAGCCAAACAAGUAAGUUUAAUUAUUUUUAAUAUGGGCUGUCUGCAAUGUUUGUUAGAUCCCAAGUAACUUGUAUUUUGUUUUACUUUUACCCCCUAAUGCUUUAGUGUUUCACACAGUUUAUAACACCUUCUCCCAUGAAGCAAAAAAAGGACAAAAUUAUGACAACAAGUACAUUGGUGCAUGUAGAAGUUAAUUGAGUGUAUGUAUGGUGUGCUUCUUUUUCAGUGUCUGGACUUUGCAGCCACAGCACAUUUAAUUCAUCUGAUAGUCUGUACAAUAUAUGCUGGUUUUCCUACAACCUUAACGUGGUGGCUUCUAAACCUUGCAUGUAUGGCACUUAUGUCUGUUAUAGGAGAGUUUAUCUGCAUGAGAACUGAACUGAAAGCUAUACCUGUGUCAGUUGCAUCUGUAAAAUCCACUGUUUGACAGUGCUGCUUGGAUCUGCUUUGGUGAAUGCUGUUUGCGUAAUUUAUGCAGAGGUGUGGAUGUCAGUCAGGCAAGGAUUCCAUUCCAAGGGUUUUAAGAGAGAGACGUAAUAAACACUAAGGAACUUGUUUUCUGGUGGAUUCAGACUUUGCAAGGUGGGGCUUGGAAAGAACAAGCAAGAUGCCAUGGGCCAAACACAGCUUAUUUCAAGAUAAUGCUUACAAAAAAUAAUAACAACUUAUUGCCUCUUUGGCUUUAUCAGAUUUACCAGAAGGAGUGUAUCUCUUGCAAUCACCAUUGGUUUCAACAACAAAAAAAGUCUUCACUCAAGCCCAUACAGCUGUAUUAACACUUUACCCACAGUCUACAGUACUGUACCACCAAGGUCAGUUCUCUUAAAGGCCAUGUCGUAUUGAUACGUGUACAUACACUGUAGAUCAUAAAAUCAGGUUCUGAUUAUGAAAGCUCUGCAGGCAAGAUGAGUACUUUUCUUCUUCAAGAGCAGUUUUCCAAUUGAGAAUCAAGAGUUAUCUUGUCACUGCUUUGGUUUUACCCUGCUGCCCACUGUCUGUUCAGAUUUCACUUUUUAAAUCUUUCUUUGCUAGUAUGUGACAAGAACAACAACGAUAGCAAACUUUAUUUGCAUGACCAUACAUGUAAAUGUACACAGAGUACUACUAAAAAGAAACAAAAAUUCCGCCACACUUUUUGAUACACCAUUUAGAGUCCCCCUUUUUUCUCUAAGUUCAUAUCAUAUGUACAGAGGGGAUGGGUGGCAGAGUUUACAUGUAUAUCCCAACCUUUCCCCCCCCUGCUGCAGGUGGAUUUCAUACUCUUCCCCGCGUCACUUUCAUAUUUUUGUACAUUUGGUACAUGAUGUGAAACCAAGAUGGCUGCCAUUUAUAGCAAUCUUGAUGAUCUUUUGCAAAAAUAGGGGGUGGUAAAUAGUCUAACUUGGUGCAUACAGUGUGUUACAGGUCAAAUCUGAUUUCAGGUGAAAAACAUUUUUCUAACCUAGGUUGAUUCACAAUUUCAUUUUUCUUCUAGUGCUAGAAGAAAAAGGAAAUUGAAAAUCAACUUAGGCUAAAUCUAAAUUAAUCUACUGAAUUCACUGUCUUUGCUGGGAUCCUCUUUGUGCGUUGUUAUCUAAAUGUUGUCUUCAACUUGAACUUUAGAAUGACCACUGAAUGGCUGAAAUGCCUUAAUUGUUUUUAAGACUUUUUUUGUUGGUUGAAGAGUAGGUUUAAAUUGUUCAAAGAUACAUGAACCUUAAUAUUUUGGAGCUGCAUAGGUGAUGUUCAAAGCAAGGGUAUCUGUUUGAAGAUCAGCAGGUAGCAGUUUUUUCAGUUCCUAAAUUAAUUUGAGUUUUCCUCUGUGAGUCUUAAAGGCUUAAUAUUAUACAAUGUAUGUGUUACUGACCAAACUUGAGGUCAAGAUAGCUUUAAUGUAUGAUACAGAGCAAAAUUACGUUCUAUUUUACAAUAGUGCA